AUGGGUUCCCCCAGCGCCAUCAACUGGUCCCUGCGUCCAACCUACACCCCACAGCAGCUGGAGCAAUACUUCGACAGGAUCAGUCUCCCUCAGCAGUAUCGCGCUUCUGCUGUGGUGAAGACGGGUGCGAAUCUGGACGAUGAAGGUGCUCUGGCUCUCUUGAGAGUAUUACAGCGCUACCAGGUUGCAUCCGUCCCCUUUGAGAAUCUCAAUCUCCACUACGCAGUCCAUCGGGGCAUCACCAUCGACCCCCAAGGACUUUUCGAUAAAAUAGUGGACCCGCAGUCCCACCGAGGAGGCUACUGUAUGGAAAACAGCACUCUGUUCGGGACUGUGCUGCGGAGUUUGGGAUACGAAGUUACCUCGGUCGGAGGGCGAGUCAACGAGGCCGCACAGCCCAUGUCUGCCUCGAGGAAUUGGAAAGGACCCAAAUUCGACGGAUGGAACCACAUGGUCAAUAUAGUCACUAUUGGGAAGCAAAAGUACCUUAUCGACGUUGGAUUUGGCUCGAAUGGACCUCACCAGCCUGUGCCGUUGAUCCAGAACUAUGAGUUUCGGAAUGUAGGCGAACAGUCCGGUCGACUCAUCUCUGGGGCCAUCGCCCAACACACGAACAAGGACCAAUUGCUCUGGCACUAUGAAAUCCGCAACGGAACUGGAGCAUGGACUCCUGCCUAUUGCUUCACCGAAACCGAGUUUCUACCCGAGGACUUCACAAUCAUCAACUAUUUCAUGAGCACCAGCCGGGAAAGCUGGUUUACGUUCCAUGUUGUGUGUGUCCGGAUGCUUCUGGAUGGCGACGGGGAGAAGAUAAUAGGUGAACUGACCUUGUUUAACAACCAGUUGAAACGACGUUUGGGGGCAACGUCGGAGGUCCUGGAGACUUUCUCUUCUGAGCAGGAACGGGUUGCGGCGCUUGAAAAGUUUUUCCAUAUUCCCAUUUCCCCGGCCGACCAAGCGAGCAUCCGCCAUACGAUCUCAGAAAUUCUGUAGUCUAGGAUGGCGGAUUUGCUUCCGAGGUGGGUCGUGGGUAUAAGACGCCGCUGAUAAGCAUUCUACCCGUUAGUUGCACUCAUUGCGUG